CGUUAGCUUUAUUUAUAGCUUGGAGCUGUUGUACUUGUCAUUCAGACAUCCCAGGAAUCCUACACGACUAGACAGCACGACACAACAAAGACGUUUUGAGUAAAACUGCGUCCUUGUCACCGAGGAACGUCAAGCAAUAGUCUUUACCCAUUUAAAGAAGGAAAUUGUGGCGGAAAAACGGCAGCUGAGGGUUCUGCUGCAGCAUGCAGAUGUGAGCUCAGACAUCCAAGAUCCUGUACUAUCACUUCAACUCUGGACUGGUGAAAUCCUCUUCAUCCCUCUUCAUCGUCAUCCUACAUGCUCGUACAUGAAAAGAGGGGAGAAACCCGAAGGAUACCGGCAGAGGAGACCUAAAACGUUUCCCGUCACGAACUACAGUGGCAACAGCCAACAGAUGCUGCAGGAAAUACGGAACAGCCUGCGCAACCUGUCGAAACCGUCAGACCCACCUAAAGUGGACACUGGUGCACAAGGGAAGAUGCUCCAAGAGGAUUCAAGGCAACUGGGGCGCAGCAACAAUCCCAAAAACCCUCACCACAAAACCUUACAGGAGAUCCGCGAGGCCCUCAUGCCUUUUAAAAAUGAGCCCAACACUUCAGGCUUGCAGCGAGAACCCCGUUUUGCAGGGCUCGAGGAGCCAAGCAUCAGUCACGGUGUAGGGCCGGCUACAGACUACAUGGGUAAGGUUGUUUCCAACCCCAGCUCUGCAGGCCUCAAACCCCCAGAGUCUUCUCACAUCCAGCCGGCUGUCCUGAGGAGGUCGAGCUGGAAGGGCUCUAAGGAAGGAAUGAUGUACCGAUCCGACAGCCCUGGACCGCCUCCUGCCUUCCCACAGGGCCACCCUACAAACAACCAGAGGGUCACACCUCCACCAAACCGCGGUGGCAUUCCUUGUGCGUCAUCCUGGGACAGCAACCCAUCAACAAAGCGGUACUCUGGAAACAUGGAUUACCUUGUGCCACGCAUUUCUCCAGUACCCCAGGGGCCGUGGCCUGAUGGGUACAGCGCAGCACCUCAGAAUCAACGUGGGAUCAGCCCAGUGCCCAUGGGCCACCAGCCCAUCAUAAUGCCAAGCUCUGGGGGUAAUAAGUUCACCUUUCCCCCUAGCUGGACUCAGAGUGGCUCCUCUCAGCCAGACUACGUGACAGGGGGCAGCAGACAUCCCCCUCCUCCGUACCCGGUCAACCAGAGUAGCCGGCACAGUCCCACCGACCCGCAGACAGGAGGACCUGCAUCCUCGCCUUCUUACCACAAUGGAGGGAAUAUCCCUCAGUCCAUGAUGGUUCCCAGCCGGAAAAGCCACAACCUUGAGUUGUGCUUUUCUGGUCUUCCUCAGUCCAGGUCCAGCCAGCCCCAACCUUCCUCCGGCAACGGCAGCAACCAGGACCGCUCUCCAUCAUGGCAACAUAACAUGCCAGUCCGCUCCAAUUCUUUAAAGCUGAACAGCCGAUCUACUCACCCGACCAGCUCACAGCCCUCUGCCACCACAGUCACUGCCAUCAUACCGACUCCCAUUCUUCAGCCGGUGAAAAGCACCCAUGUUCAGAAAGCCAAACUGCACACUGCUGUCGCUCCAACACAUCCUCCAUGGAAACCGCACGUUGCACCACCUCCUGCUGCGCCUGCCUACCUAGAGCCCGCAGGUACAGUCCCGCAGGUCGUAUCUGAAGCACCUGACUAUCACGGACCUCCUCCCCCUUACCCUAAGCACCUCCUCCAACAGCAGGCUGCACCCAGCCCACCAGGGUAUGACACAGGGGCCAACAGGCUCAGUGCAGGCAGAGAGGAUCCUGCUGAUGAGGAGAGCAGCGGCCGGGGGGACGGCUCGAGGGAAAAACCAUCAGAAAGCCCAGAGGGUGGAGCAGCAAGAGAGGAGGACAGGAAGCAAAUCACUACAUCGCCUGUUCCGGUCCGACGCAACAAGAAAGACGAAGAGCGGAGAGGGGAGUCGGGAAGAGUCAAUUUGUAUUCCCCACAGGCCUUCAAGUUCUUCAUGGAGCAACACAUAGAGAACAUCCUGAAGAACCACCAGCAGCGGAUUCACAGAAGGAAGCAACUGGAAAAUGAGAUGCAAAGGGUGGGUUUGUCUUCAGAAGCCCAGGAGCAGAUGCGUAUGAUGCUCUGUCAAAAGGAAUCUAACUACAUUCGGUUAAAACGAGCUAAGAUGGACAAGUGCAUGUUCAAACGGAUCAAGACCCUCGGCAUCGGCGCCUUCGGCGAGGUCUGCUUGGCCAGAAAAGAGGACACAGGAGCGCUGUACGCCAUGAAGACUCUCCGCAAGAAGGACGUGCUCCUGAGAAACCAGGUGGCUCACGUCAAGGCUGAGAGGGACAUUCUGGCAGAGGCCGACAAUGAGUGGGUAGUGCGUCUCUACUACUCUUUCCAAGAUAAGGACAACCUGUACUUCGUUAUGGAGUACAUCCCCGGAGGGGACAUGAUGAGCCUUCUCAUCAGACUCGGCAUCUUUAAAGAAGAGCUGGCUCAGUUUUACAUCGCAGAGCUCACCUGCGCUGUGGAGAGCGUCCACAAGAUGGGCUUCAUCCACCGAGACAUCAAGCCUGACAACAUCCUCAUAGACAGAGACGGUCACAUAAAGCUGACAGACUUCGGUCUUUGCACUGGUUUCCGCUGGACCCACGACUCGAAGUAUUACCAGAGCGGGGACCACGUGAGGCAGGACAGCAUGGACUUCAGUAAGGAAUGGGAGGAUCCAGCCAACUGCCGCUGUACAGACCGCCUGAAGCCUCUGGAAAGGAGAAAGGCCCGGCAGCACCAGCGUUGUCUGGCCCAUUCACUCGUGGGGACACCCAACUAUAUCGCACCAGAAGUGCUGCUUCGAACAGGAUACACCCAGCUCUGUGAUUGGUGGAGUGUAGGAGUGAUCUUGUAUGAAAUGGUUGUUGGACAGCCUCCUUUCUUAGCAACCACACCCCUGGAGACACAGCUAAAGGUGAUAAACUGGAAGAGCACGCUGCACAUUCCCCCGCAGGCCAAGCUCAGCGCAGAGGCAUCGGAUCUCAUCGUUAAACUGUGCCGCGGCCCUGAGGACCGCCUCGGUAAGAACGGCGCGGAUGAAAUCAAAGCCCAUCCUUUCUUCAAAAGCAUCGAUUUCUCCAGCGACCUCAGACAGCAGGUGGCACCAUACAUCCCCACCAUCGCCCACUCCACGGACACCUCCAACUUCGAUCCAGUGGACCCGGAUAAAAUGUGGAGCAGCGACGGCGACGACGAGGACAGCCAUAACGACACGCUAAACUGUUGGUUCCGCAACGGAAAGCACCCCGAGCACGCCUUCUACGAGUUUACCUUCCGGCGCUUCUUUGACGACAACGGCCAUCCGUACAGCUGCCCCAAGCCCAUCGAGUACGAGGGCUACGAGGACGAGGCCGACUCGGAGGGCGCCGCACAGGAGGCCGCCAGCUCCUCGGCGUUACAGGGACGAGACCUGGUCUAUGUAUAGCACUCGAGGCCCGAUGACACGCUUGUACAUAAUGAGUAGACGCAGGGGGUUUUCAGUGGCAUCACAUUUGAAACAUAGGAAGUAUGUUUGUUUGGUCACAUUUAACAGACUGUUUAUUUUAAAAGCGAACAACAAAACCACAGUCGCAACCUAAAGGAACAAUUCAACACUUUAAGAAAUGUCAUUCUUUGAUUUCUUACCACGAGUCGGAGGAUGACAAACAGAGCUACAUAGGAAGCUGGCCAUCAUUCGGUUAGCUGAGCUUAAACUCUAAAAACAGCUCUGUCCAAACUUAAAACCUGCCUGUCAGCACCACUGAGGCUCAGGAUUAACAACUUUAUUUAUAAAGCACUGUUACACUACAACCUACAUUCACACAGUGCGCUCUCUCGAUCUCUCUCUCUAGACACACACACACUUUAAGAUGCACGCAGUAAACGGUCUGUGUCAUGUCCUGUUGUGUUCAUGUACAGCACAGGCUACUUCGGUGUAUUUGCACCGGUUAUGGCCGCAAGCAGGAAUGCACCUCAGAGUACUGAUAGGCAUCCACACACAAAGAGAAUAGCUGCGAGGUAUCUGUCAAUAGAGCUUACAUGGUGGGAUACCGUUUAUUGAAUUGAGGGAGGUGGUAAAUGCACUAACCAGGUACAAAACCAGGGACAAAAAAUUAAAACCAGUCAGGUGUUGAUACUAUGCUUUUCUGUUUGGACGUUACUUUGACACAUCUUCACCAGAUGGUGUUAAUGUUGUGGCUGAUUGAUGUAGGUUCUUGUCAUAUUUGGGAUGCCACUCAGUUGGAUAAAAGAAGAGUGACUUGAGUCUAAGGCUUUGUUAGAUCCUAACCUAGCAACAGCUGCUUGUUUUGUAACUGGUGAAAAGAAAAUUCAAUAAAAUGAAAAGUUAGAAAACUUUUUUAAGUUUAAAGUGCCCCAUUUUAGCUUUAGUUAACAUUAGCCAGACUUUUUUUUUCUCUUUUCUCACUGCAGCCCUAUUUUCAGGUGCACAAAUGUGACUAACGCCAUCAUUAAACACCCACACCCGACGUCAUCGAUGUUACAGAGUAAAGAUCUGUAAUUCCUGAACACCACCUCCAAUACUAUUUUAAAUACUCUCAAAUUAAGGCUGAGAAUCUGCACUUUGAAUGUUUUUCUAACCCGUUAAAGUAAUAACUACAUAUCUGGACCUGAACUGUAACCCAGUGGGUUUCAGAGGUGCUGGUAGGUGGAUUUUUGUCAGAGCUGGGCCAGCUACUCCAGUGUCAUUCUCCUUCUCCUGGCAUGUUUUCCAGAAAUGCAUCCAUUUUUAAAGUGUGACAUAUGCUGCAUAAAUCUCAUAAGAGGAAAGGAAAGCAGGAAGAAGAGGAAAAUAAAACAAAAUCGGGGCGCUCUCUCCCUUUUUAAAGCCUUAAUUUAUUUAAUAAGUUGUAACAUGUGAUGCUAGUGUAGAUGCUGUUUGUGCAGGAGUUUUAUUCAGUGGUUAAAAAAAAAAAACAUUUUAAUUUAUAUUUUAAUGUUUGCAGUGGGGAAAUUAGUGUUAUGACUCUUAGAAAUGUUGCAGGGGGAAAUAUUGCUCUAAUUAUUGCUGUGCCUUUAUUUUUGGUUAAAUAUAAAGGGGGUUAAUAAUCAAACAGGCAUUUAAUAAGUAGCAGUUGAUGAUUGAACUACAGUAGAUUUUUGUUUUUAUUUUUCUAAUUUAUAUCUAAAAUGUAUUUAUAAAUUAUGUUGUAUACAGUUGAUGUAAAUAUCUUUUUCCCUCUCCCUCCCACCCCCGCCCUCUGGGCAGGUCCUCGUUGGGGUCCACUGCUGCUUUUUUUUUUUUUUUUUUUUUUUUUUUU